AGUCGCGCCCCCGCGCCGAGUCCGCGCGUCAGUCGGUCCCGAGCGCGGCUGCGGGGCGACGGGCUGCAGACAAGCGGGGUGCGCGGCUCCGGGGAGGCGACGGUGUCGCGGGAGGAGCAUCGGAACCCGAAGACUCGCAGAACGCCAUGGCCCCCAUUGGCCUCAAGGCGGUGGUCGGAGAGAAGAUCAUGCAUGAUGUGAUCAAGAAGGUUAAGAAGAAGGGGGAGUGGAAGGUGCUGGUGGUGGACCAGUUGAGCAUGAGGAUGUUGUCCUCCUGCUGCAAGAUGACAGACAUCAUGACCGAGGGGAUCACAAUUGUGGAGGAUAUCAACAAGCGCAGAGAGCCACUCCCCAGCCUGGAGGCCGUGUACCUCAUCACCCCGUCUGAGAAGUCUGUCCACUCUCUCAUCAGUGACUUUAAGGACCCACCGACUGCUAAGUACCGGGCUGCUCACGUGUUCUUCACAGACUCGUGUCCAGAUGCCCUGUUUAACGAGCUGGUGAAGUCCCGAGCAGCCAAAGUCAUCAAGACGCUGACGGAAAUCAACAUUGCGUUUCUCCCCUAUGAGUCCCAGGUGUAUUCCCUGGACUCCGCUGACUCUUUCCAAAGCUUCUACAGCCCUCACAAGGCUCAGAUGAAGAAUCCUAUCCUGGAACGCCUGGCAGAGCAGAUCGCAACCCUGUGUGCCACCCUGAAGGAGUACCCGGCUGUGCGGUAUCGGGGGGAAUACAAGGACAAUGCCUUGCUGGCUCAGCUGAUCCAGGACAAGCUGGACGCUUAUAAAGCUGAUGACCCAACCAUGGGGGAGGGUCCCGACAAGGCACGGUCCCAGCUCCUGAUCCUGGAUCGAGGCUUUGACCCCAGCUCUCCUGUGCUUCAUGAGUUGACUUUUCAGGCUAUGAGUUACGACUUGCUGCCUAUCGAAAACGACGUUUACAAGUAUGAGACCAGCGGCAUUGGAGAGGCACGGGUGAAGGAGGUUCUUCUGGAUGAGGACGACGACCUGUGGAUUGCGCUGCGCCACAAGCACAUCGCAGAGGUGUCCCAGGAAGUCACCCGGUCACUGAAGGACUUUUCCUCUAGCAAGAGGAUGAACACCGGAGAGAAGACCACCAUGCGGGACCUGUCCCAGAUGCUGAAGAAAAUGCCCCAGUACCAGAAGGAGCUCAGCAAGUAUUCGACUCACCUGCACCUUGCUGAAGACUGCAUGAAGCAUUACCAAGGCACCGUGGACAAACUCUGCCGUGUGGAGCAGGACCUGGCGAUGGGCACAGAUGCUGAGGGGGAGAAAAUCAAGGACCCUAUGAGAGCCAUUGUCCCCAUCCUGCUGGAUGCGAAUGUCAGCACUUACGACAAAAUCCGCAUCAUCCUGCUCUACAUAUUCCUGAAGAACGGUAUCACUGAGGAAAACCUAAACAAGCUCAUCCAGCAUGCCCAGAUCCCUCCGGAGGACAGUGAGAUCAUCACCAACAUGGCUCACCUCGGCGUGCCCAUCGUCACAGAUUCCACUCUCCGCCGCAGAAGCAAGCCGGAGCGGAAGGAGCGCAUCAGCGAGCAGACCUACCAGCUCUCACGAUGGACCCCGAUCAUUAAAGACAUUAUGGAGGACACUAUUGAAGACAAACUGGACACAAAACACUACCCGUAUAUCUCCACCCGCUCCUCCGCGUCCUUCAGCACCACUGCUGUCAGCGCCCGCUAUGGACACUGGCACAAGAACAAGGCUCCCGGGGAGUACCGCAGUGGCCCCCGUCUCAUCAUUUUCAUCCUCGGGGGCGUGAGCCUGAGUGAGAUGCGCUGCGCUUAUGAAGUGACCCAGGCCAACGGCAAGUGGGAAGUGCUGAUAGGUUCUACUCACAUUCUCACUCCCACCAAAUUCCUCAUGGACCUGAGACACCCCGACUUCAGGGAGUCCUCUAGGGUAUCUUUUGAGGAUCAGGCUCCAACAAUGGAGUGAGAGCUAAAGAAACAAAAGAUCCACGCACAUUCUCACCCCACAGAAACUGCUGGACACGCUGAAGAAGCUAAACAAAACAGACGAAGAAAUAAGCAGUUAAAAACUAAGCUGCCCCUCCAAAGCCCUGGCUCACCCUUCCCACAAUGCUCUGCAGCUCCCCAGCGCGACACCUCGGUUACUCUACUGCCUCCCCAUCCCUGCACGCCCUGGCCACCCCGUUGCCAUGCUGAGUUGUUCUCCUGUGCGAUGACACCCCCAUCUUGUCCUCUGAAAAGCAAGAGAGUACUGUGUUGUUAUUUUUUACAAAAUGAGUCUCUUCUGUACGUUUCCCACAGUAAGUUCACAUACAAGCGGCACGCUGCAGGAGCGUCAGAACUCUAGACCAAGUGGACUCCCCUGACUUACGAUCCUGUGACCUGUAUAUAGCCCUGUGCCACGUGCACACACUGCUUGAGUAUGGAGAAGGUAGACGUGUGGGUGUUUCUUAAGGCUUAUUUGGGCUUGAUUCUGUUCAUGUUGGGAAUCAUAAGGUAUCUGUCCUCCAAAUAUUCCACACCAAGGAAGCGAUCUAUUUUUCUCUGCGGUUCCACUUACUGCCUGUUCUCCUGACUGAAGAACAGCAGUCAUCAGAGACCCCUAGAGGCCAACAUGGAAUGGGCCUCUCCUUUCCCAGUGUUGCAGGUGUGUGUGUGUGUGUGUGUGUGUGUGUGUGUGUGUGUGUGUGUGUGUGUGUGUGUGUGUGUGUGUGUGUGUGUGUGUGUUUAUGGGGGUUAGGGUGUCCACAGGAAGCCAGACUAGGUGCCAGCCAGUCUUCUUCCAGAGCCUAGCACGGCUUGCCCUGACCUGUGUUCGCAGUGCUGUAACGUGAGUUAAGUCCUCCAGCCUAAACCAGCAUGUCUGGCGCCCUGGGGUCCUCAAGAGAAGAAUUAGGCACGACCAGCCCCCUUCCUUCCCAAGGCUUCACUUGAACAGGGUCAGCCUGGAUAGAGGUCAGGGGUCAGGAGUGGAUAGAAAGAUGUGGGUUUGGCAUCCUGGUCAAAGGGUGUGUUGCUAUUGAAGGUAGGCCUGAGGAAUGGGGGCCCUGCUGCUCAGAGUACCUUCAGUUUAAGACACUUCAUCAAUCUUAAUUUUGUGUAAUGUACAGUCAUGUGUUGUGGUCUUACAAAAACAAUGAUCAUUUUAUUCUUUGUAUUAAAAAUCGUUGCUGUAUAAAGCAUAGCUCGCUAUAAAGCAGAAAUUCCAGAAGCAGAUGCUGGAAGGAUGGUCUCCAUCCUCAGGACGCAGCGGCUCCCUGAGUGUGCCACUCACUCUGCUGCUGUGGCCGCAAAACAAAGACAGUGGAAGUCACAAAAAAUGUCCCCUGCCCAGCCCCCGCCCCUCCCUCCCACAGACUUGUGUAUAUUACUGUGUCUUGUGCUGUCUUCGCAAAUGUGGUGUAUGCCUUCCUCCUGCCGCAGGUG